ACUUAAAAUUGACUUUUGUCAAUAAAUAAACAAAAUGAAAUGAAAGGGAAUUACAAAAAAAUUAAAAAUUAUAUAUAAUAAGUAUAAUAAGUCUUUGAUUUAAUGGUUUUUGGUUUGUUGCCAGAUUGCCCUGGAUAUUUAAUAUGGAACUGCAUCCUAUGAUUUUCUACUUUUUUAUGAUCUUUGGAACUUUGACUAAUUCAAUUAUUGCCAGGGAGGAAUGGGUAGAUCCUCAUGACAUGAACAUAAGAAUAAAUCCUGUAAGAAAAGAAAUAAUUAAGAAAACAAAUAAUGAAGAAUCCUAUUCCUGUGAUUGUAAUAAUAAUUUUUAUAAGGAUGAAAGCUCUAACCAUCUGAGAAAAGUUGUAAGUUUAUUAACUGACAUGACCUAUUUUGAUAGAGGAUCCUAUGUUUAUAGAGGAAUAAUUGAUAUUAAUCUGAAUGCAGACGAUUAUGAUUUUUUGAAGAAAUAUGUUUCUGCUGAUUGGAAUGAGGAUUUUGUUUUGAGUCAACUCAGUGCAGUACUAGAGAAAUCACUGGGAAAGAGUAUCUACAAUAGCUUCACCAUUGGAGAAUACAUAUAUCUUACAAUAUUCAAUGAAAACAUUCUAUUAUGUUUGGGAUUAUUAAUUCUUUCUUACGUCUUAUGGAAAAUACAACCGCACAAUUAUAAACUGACUACGUUAUUCAAGCUAUUUUUUCCUUUGGUGUACCUUUCAGACUUUGUUUUGAGAUAUAAGGCAAAGUUGGAGGAAGUGGAAAUAGAUAAAUACCUACAAUACGAAAACUUUAAAAGUUGUGAUCCGGAUCGAUUAGGCUUUUUCGAUUGGGUAAUCAAUAAAUUCACUGGAUAUUGCCAAAAAGAAAAAAGAAACUUCAUGUUAUCUCAACGAGCGGCUUUUCAUAUCUUCACUCCAUUGAAUAUCAUUAGUGACCAGUUUGAUAUUUUUGUGAACAUUUUUAAGCAUUUGGGUGCUGGACUUGGAUCUUUCAUAUGGGCUCUUCUUGAACAAGUUCCCUGGUAUGUCAAACCAUUUCUGGCAAUAUUGAGUUUUAUCUUAGUGAUUAUUAUACUGCUUAUGUUGGGUUCUUACAUUUUUGGGAUAUAUCCAAAGUUCAAUCUUUUUCAUGUAUUUCAAAUUGAAUUGUUACAAAGUCAUCAGAACAAUGAAUAUCAUACAAAUCAAGCUCCAAAAAAAGAUUUCAUAUCUGGAGAAAAUUUGAAAAUUUUAUUAGAAUCGAGGAAUAAUAACCCUGUGGUGAUACUUCCAGGAUCGAGCAAUCAAAAGAAAAAUUCCUCAGUUACAUUCAGAACAAAACCAAAAUUUUCACUCAGAAAAAAGAAACCAAGAGUAGUGAGUUCUUGUAAUCAGCAGGUUGUAUCAUUUGAUCAAGAUAGAAUAAAUGAACCGGAAACAGUAGAAAAAUCAAUUGAUUAGAUUUUGGGAUACAUCCAUUAUUUUAGUGAUGACCUUCUGGUGAAAUCGAGGUCCUACUAACAAAAAAAGGGUUUACAUAUAUAAGGGUAGUUGCUCUCUAAGCUCUCAUUAAUUAUUUUCACUCCGCUUUUUAUUGAAUUUAACUUUUU